AUGGUCCCAUGUGUCACUAAGUAUGUAAUUGAAAAACAAUUUCAGGAAGUGUACACAAUAUCAAAAUUUAGGGAAUUUCCAGAGGAAUUUACUGGGAAGGUUUACUGUGAAGUUGUAUCUUCUGAUAUGGGUUGUCCAAUGCCAAAGUAUGAUGUACGAGAAGAUCUAAUGCUUGAUGGGGGAGUUAGGAAAAAAAUGUUCAUAGUAUUAUUUCAAAGAGAAACUACUAAAUUUGUUUGCAGCUGUCAUCUAUUCGAGUUCAGAGGAAUAAUGUGCAGGCAUGCGAUAUCAGUUUUGCUUCGUAAUGAUGUCACAGUAGUUCCCGAGAGGUAUAUCCUCAGGAGGUGGAGGCGAGAUGUAAGUAGACGACACAUGAGAGUAGCAGUUAAUUACGAUGGUUGGAUAAACACUCCAGCUCAAGUAAGAUUUGACAAAAUGUGCAAUGCCUUUACUAAUGUAGCGAACUUGGCAGCUGAUGAAGAAAACCAAGUUUGUGGGAUCAUGGAGUGGAUUGAAUCUAAAACAGCUCAACUUUUCAUGUCUCAACCCAUACAUAGUAGUGAAAGUAAUUUGCAUUCCCAAGCAAAUGUACAAGUGGCCCUUAAUUCUCUAUCAACAGAACUUGUUGGAAGUGCAAAUAUGUUGAAUCCGAUAUGCUCGAGAACUAAAGGAGCUCUGAAGAAACUGUGA